GGCGACGUGCUGGGGGGGCCGCCCCCCCUCCCCAAGCCCCCCGAAGACCUGCCCGUUAGGAGGAACUUUCAGAUCCCCAGGAAGAGCCGAGAAAAGAAAGCACUCUUUCAGCCAAUAGCUAUGGGCUCUCGAGAGUUUGAAGAUGUUGUGAAAAUCCUGCAUUCAUCUUACCUGGAGCCAAGUUCAGUGGCUAAUUUCAAUUACAAAAGAGCCAGCUUAAUUCAUAGCGAGUUGUUGGAAAAGGAGUUCACAGAAAAGCGCAGAGAAUUGAAAUUUGAUGGUCGCCUUGAAAAAGAGCUUGCUGAAUCCUAUGCAUUUCUUAUGGUUGAUCGACCUCAGGUGCAAAACAUAUGUGAGAGGGGACUUCAGGUGGGCCAUUCCAAAAUAACAAUCCUUGGUAGUCCUUCCAUGGGUGUGUAUCUCUCUAGGUAUGCAGAUCUAUUACAAGCAAAUCCCCUAGAACCUGGAGUAACUGGUGAUGUGAUUAUUUUUAAAAUAAUAAAGGGAAAAAUGAAGAGCAUAUAUGAUCAUAUGGGUGUGAAACCGAUGGAAUCAGCAGUUAAAAGUGCAUUAGAUCCAACACCAAAGCACGAAUGUCACGUUUCAAAGAAUGUGAAUAAAGUAACAUCCUUGUUGGCGUAUAGAGCAUAUGAGCUUACUCAGUAUUAUUUUUAUGAGUAUGGCUUUGAUGAAAUAAGGCGCAGACCAAGACAUGUAUGUCCAUAUGCUGUUGUUUCAUUUGCAUACAAGGAUGAAAUGAUACAAGCACCAAAGUUUAUGCCUCCAUCAAGAUCAAACAGUUUUAAUGCAGACAGAAAUGCAGAUAAGACUAAUUACACCUUAUGGAGAGGACAACUUUUGAAUAAAGGGAAGCUUUUAUGUCAUGCCGCUUUGAAGUCAGCAACACGUCCUUUCCUUCCAUGCAAGCUUCCAGAGAAGCUUAAUGUUGAAACUGUAAUGAACAUUGAUCAGCUGAAGAAAAAAGUUGCACCAGCAUUGUUCUACAAGGAAACUUACCUAGGGACAAAGGAAGUGUUUAAAAGUGGAAUGUACUGCAGCCUUUAUGAAGUUGUGGAAAAAUCAAGGUCUGGAAGUAACUUGGAAGGCUUACUUCAAAAACUAGAAAAAGAAAAAUUAGUUCUUGUUAAGCCUCUUGGGGACAGAGGAUAUCUUUUCCUUCUUUCUCCUUGGCAAAUGACAUCCCCAUAUGAGCACCAAACUGCAAGGUCCCGUAUUCUACAUGCAUUGUUUCUGUUUCAGGAACCUAGAGGUGUAGUGAGUUCAACCCCCAAAAAUGUUCCAUUUGCAGCACAGAAAAGUUCAGCUACAACAGUGUUGCAGGAGAAUCAUGAGAUUUUGCCAGAACUCACAAGGUUUAUUCAGUCACUACAUUUUGCUCUCAUUCAGUCUCGUAAAGAUACAACUGCAAGUUUCAACACUGUUGUGGAAAAGUAUAUAAAUGAAUAUUUGAAGCGAUACUACAGUGGCUCUGGCAAAUAUAGGGAAUUUGUAUUGUACCCAUAUGAGUCACGGUUGGAUGACAGAAAGUUUCUCUAUUCUGGCCCAAAAAACAAAUCUCAUAUUGAUAGCUCAUUGAGAAACUACAUUUUUUGUUCAGAGGCCUAUCAACUGCCUGUUUCUAAAGCAAAAGAACUGAUGGAAGGAAAUCAGAAAGUUCAGCAGUUCAGUCCUGUUUCAGAUUAUGAAGCCCCAGAAGAUGACCCUGACUUAAACACAAAAACUGGUAAAAAAAGUGGUUCCAAGAGUGAACCAGUUUUAGUCAAACGAAAGCCUCCUCAUCCUGGGGACUACGAUCCUGAUAGACUCAAAGAAUUGAUUAACUUAAUUCAGUGUAGGAAAAAAAAUGUUGGUGGAGAAUCUGAUACAGAAGAUGUUAGAAACAAAAGUGGACUGAAACGAAGACUAGAAAGUCAUUCUGAAACUUUGCGGAAACACUUAAAAAUGAGUGAAUCUGCAGAAAAUAGUUGCCAGUAUGAAGAAUCGCCACAGUCAGUUUCCUCAAUAAUUACUGGCCUUGGUGGACAUGAUACUGAUUUGAGACAGCAAGAUUUAGCGGACCCUGCUGUAACUGACACACAUGGCCUAAUUAAACUACUUUUAGAAACACUAGCUAGUGCAGGACACUUGGAUUCAUCGUUGGCACGGUCUGUAAAUCAAGCUCUAGGACUGAACACUGAUGAAGCAGAAGAGGAUUUAAGGCAAAAACACGAAUAUGAAUCGGUUCUAGCACAUGAUAAAGAAGAACACGAGCUUCCUACUAGUGGACAAGCUGAAAAUGUAAACUUCAAGGACCCACAGAGCCCAGGAAUGUUAGAAACUGAUGCAACGUGUUUAUCUUAUCCUAUUGAUGUUGACCUAAGGCUUUCUACUAACGAAGUAGCCAGCGAACACACGCUACGUUUAAAAGAGCCAAGCACUGGAAGCGUUAGUAGCUUUGACGACUACAGUCCAUGCCCAAGCACACCCAUUGAACAUGUUUAUCGCAGGCAACAUUCCAACUCAAAUAAUGUAGGAGAGCCUGGAAUACACUGGAAACUGAUUCCAAUUACAGGAGGGUCAGGAAGAGUUCAAGAGGAUCAGCUUGGAAAACAUGGAGAUAACCAAACAGACACGCAAAAAGGGACAGCAGAAGAUGGACUGUAUACAAGGCAAGUGGAGAAACUUGAAGAUAAAUGUGCGCUAACAGAGCAUCCUUUUCCACCUAAGCACUCCAUAAGUGGAAUUAUAGAGACAACAUUAUUAGAAGAAUACAGUCUAUUUGCAAGAAAGAUUCAGGAAAUUUUGCAACAAAAAAAUAUUGCAUAUGUUAGUGGAAUAUCUACGCCAGUCUUUUCAGCCCAUGAACGGUUAAUGAGACUUUCUGAAUAUAUAUGUUUACCAGCUUCAGAAAUCCCUGUCCAGGAAUAUAUAGAAAAACUGAGUGAAAAGCUGAACAAUGUUGUUGCUUUGUCGUCUUCAUUUGGUCAGCAUACUCCGCCAGUUAAUUCUAGUCCUGAACCAGGAGGUGAUGGGGCCACUGAUACUGCAUCAAAUCCUCCAACAGAACAAGCUCCAGCUGUUUCAAGUGACUUUGCCACUGCACUGUUACCAGAGAGACAAUGUAACAGUAUGGUGGAAGACCCCAAUUCUAAUGAGCAGCAUUCAUUAUCAAGCUUGGUCUUAGCAAAAGAAAAGGUUCGCGUGAAUGCCAAAGUAGAGGAUAUUUCAACGUCUGAUCACAACACUUCCAAUGUUGAUCCACUGGAACCACCGGCAAAGACUCAAAAGUCUCCAGACAAUUUAAACAUUUCAGGCCAGCCAGCACUCUCUGACUUUAUAAGCCAAUUAAAACCUGAAGUGUUCAGCAGCUUGGUCAAAAUAAUAAAGGAUGUUCAGAAAAACACUGUGAAAUUUUACAUUCAUGAAGAAGAGGAAAGUACACUCUGUAAAGAAAUAAAGGAAUACCUUACAAAAUUAGGUAAUACAGAGAGCCAUCCAGAAUUGUUCUUGAAAAGAAGAGCUGAUUUAGAUAAACUUCUGAUAAUUAUUCAAAAUGAAGAUAUUGCCAGCCUCAUUCAUAAGAUUCCUGGUUUGGUAACUUUGAAGAGGCUGUCAUGUGUCAGUUUUGCUGGGGUUGAUAGCUUGGAUGAUGUGAAAAACCAUACUUACAAUGAAUUGUUUGUGUCUGGUGGUUUUAUUGUAUCAGAUGAAUCUGUUCUUAAUCCAGAGUCUCUCACCGUUGAUAAACUUGAACAUUUCCUAAAAUUCCUUGAAGAUCUCAAUACCCCAGAUGGGAAAUGGCAGUGGAAAGUUCACUGUAAAAUACAAAAAAAACUUAAGGAGCUUGGGAGAAUGAAUACUAAUGCCCUGGAACUGCUGAGAUUUCUGAAUAUUUAUCAAAAGAAACACCUGGUUGAGAUUCUGUCCUAUCAUAAUUGUGACUCCCAAACUCGAAAUGCUCCAGAACUAGACUGUCUCAUCAGGCUUCAGGCUCAGAAUAUUCAGCAAAGACAUGUCGUCUUCUUAACAGAAAAGAAUGUCAAAACAUUUUCCAGUUAUGCUGAUAACGGAAUAGUAGUUGCUACAGUUGAUGACUUCAUGCAAAACUUUAGAAGUCUUGUUGGGUACCACAAUUCAAUUACUGAAGAAAACAGCCUUCCUCCACCACCUGGUGUUCACGAAAGACAAUCAGCUCUUGUAGAGAGUGAUGAAAAGGAUGAGGAGGACAUGUCUUUGGAUUCAGGGGAUGAAACAUCACAAAUAGAAAUCUGCAGCGAUGCCUCUAAGUAUGAUUCACAUUCAGAAGCUCUGCAUGCAGAGGUCAGGUGCCCACAUGGAACAGAUACAAAAAAACCCUCUCUAACUGAUGAGCAGCUACCUUCUGAAGGACAAACUGGUUUGGUGGAAAAGACUUCUAAAACUGAUUUGGAUGACAUGCAGCCAAUUACUCCAGUUUCUACAACGUGCUUGACAGAAGGAGAAAAAAACAGUUCAGUAGAACAAGUUCCUUUCAACAAUUUUCAAGUUUACAGUAGACAGUUAAGCAUGUCCCAUCAAUUCAGUCAUUUUAAUGUUCUCACUCAUCAGACUUUUCUGGGAACGACAUACCCAAUUUCCACAAGUCAAAACCAAGAAGGUGGGAAUUAUUUUCUUUCUGCUUACAGUCAGAGCAUGGAUACAGACAAGACUUCAUCUCCUAGCAAUUGGGAUGUAAAUUGUGAUUCUUCCAGGCCAUAUUCAAAAUAGAAAUAAACACAACUAAAACUUUUUUAUAGGUUGUUGUGGACUCUUUUCUGUUUCUUAAAAAAAAAAAAAAAAAAGUGAAUUAACAAUUUCUAUUUUAUUCUCUGAACAAAAUGUUCUUGUACUCUAUCUCAAAUGUUUUCCCGUCUUAUUUAAAUGAUGGCCUGUACCAAUUAAAGCAUCUGAAAUUUGAAAUAAAUAUAUAUAUAUUUUUAACAUUUAUUGUACUUGAAUUAUCUUGUUUGUUGGCACUUUUAAGUUUUUUUACAUUUGUAUUGACCUGUACUUGGACUUCAGUUUGAAGUCUGUUUUAAUGUAAAACUGAAUGUUUGCCUAAAGUAUGUGAAACAGCAAGGCUUCAUUUUUUUUAAGUAAACUGUAAUACACUCUUCAAGCCACUCUUCUUUUCAUGAAGAUCAAAACUGUUAUGUAUUUAUUUGACAUCUGACACAAAUUUUGUACAAAUGUUUUUACAUAGCUAUAAGGCAGUUUAGUUAUUUUAAUGACAAUAUACUGGAUUUUUGGCAAAAUACCUCAAUUAGAGUAACCAAUGGUGCAGUUCCAUUUUGAGAAAUAAACUCUUCAUGCACAA